AUGGAGCCAAAUGCUAAAAGGCAAAAACUUCGUCAAACAACUCUGUUAUUUAAACCAGCCAGUGCUAGUUCAACCAGGUAUAAAGAAUAUAAUUUAUGUGCUUUGAUAUUUUUGUUCUGUGACUUUCCGACUUUGCAAGUUGAAGUUUUAUUUGCUAAAUAGUAUUAAAUAAAUAUCAUGCUGAAGUGACUGUAAAGUGAACCAGGAUUAUAAAUUAAAUAUAAAUAAAAUAAGAUCAUCUGCUACUGCUAGUGCUGGACAUUGAUAUUAUAUGAGUAUUUCUGUACAUGUAAUUGCUUUGUUCUGAAAAUUGUUAUAAAUGAAUUAACAUUUUAAUUUUAUAUCAUAUAUGUAAUAUAUAUUGUAAAUACAGGUAAAUGGUAACGCAGCUUCGCAGCAAACUAACUAAGCCUAUAAUCUAAUAAUCCCUAUAUAUUAUAAACCAACAUAUUCACAUGUGUGUAUUUGCUGCACUGCAAACUACCUUGAUUAGAGUUUGGAUUCUUGAUUAAUAAAUUUUCCAAUGUUUAUUUUAGUAUUAAUUCUUUCACAUUUAUGACUUGUGUAUGGUUUAAAGUUAAUAACUAAGUAAUAUAUUUUGGUUCUCCCUUUGCAAAAUUAUCAACAUGGUAUAAAUAAUAAAUAGCCAUUGAAAAUUCAUGCUGAUACACGCAUGACACAUUGAAAUGUUCUUUUGCCUUAUUGGUGUAGUGUUGAACCUGAAAGUUCUAUUCCUCCUGAACCUUUACCACCAGUUAAUGAAAGCAGUCUGACUUUUGAUUCUCCAAACAAGGAACAAUACCUCACCUGUUAAUGAUAUCAAUGACCCUGCCAAUUAUAUUUCCAAAAAGCUUUCUGAUGAUGACAAGUUAUCUUUUCUGAAAUCAAAAUCUGACUUGCCCCAUAACUUUGAAUGUCCUGUUACAGCUGGUAGGAAAUUCAAAUCAUCUUGGAUGCAACAGAGGCCAUGGUUGAGGUAUAGUAUUACAAAGGACAGAGCAUUUUGUGCAGAUUGUAUAUGCUUUGGAGGAAAGAAGAACAUUCCAGGGAAUACCUCAUGUUCUUCAAAUUUGUCCCCAUUCGUGUCAUGUGGAUUUAGCAACUGGAAAAAAGCAACUGGAAAAGAUAACUACAUUGAUCAACACAUGUUAAGUGAAGCCCAUCAGACUGCAGAAGAAAUGGCCCAUUGUUUUCUUGCCACGAGUCAGCCAGGUAAAGAUAUUGUAGCGAAACUAUCUAAGCUUUUGUCAGAGCAACAAAUCCGUACAAAAAAGGGAUUAUUAUCUAUCAUCGAUGUCAUCAUCAAAUUGGCAAUGCGAGGAGCACCCUUAAGAGGUAACUGGGUUAAGAAAACUGGCGAAGAAAACGGAAACUUUAUUUUCUUUGUGAACUGGAAAUCAGAAUUUGACAAGGACCUGAAAGACCAUUUGGAACAUGCUUCAAAAAAUGCAAAGUUCACUUCGCCCCGCAUCCAAAACGAAAUUAUUUCACUGUGCGAGUCCAUAAUACGAGAGAGAGUAAUUGCCACGGUUCAAACAUAUUGGAGUGUAAUGGCCGAUGAAACAACGGAUGUUUCUGCAAUGGAACAAAUGAGUAUAUGCAUACGGUUUGUGAAUAGCAAUAUGGAAGUUUGUGAAGAGUUCUUGGGCUUUGUAAAAUUGACAAAGAUGGAUGCGCAGUCUGUUUUUGAUGUUUUGAUUCCAACCUUAAAAGGAUAG